AUGUUUACUCGCAAGGCUGUACCACAGCAUGAAGAAUACGAAUUGGUAAAUCAAGUACCACCAACACAACCACCAAGUGAUUCACCAACAGGACUGCAGUCUGAUUUUCGCAACUCCACAGACUCACAAAUGUCUGACAUUUUUGAAGACUUGGAAAACUAUUCUAGUCUGAGUGGUCAAAAAAUUGAAGAUUUCCAUGAUAGUCCCUUGUUUCAAUCGGUUUUGAUGCGAUAUAAAAACCAAAGCAUCAGUGGUAGAACGUGUGGCAUAUUCAGCUUAGUGGCGAUAGUUUUAUGGAUUGGAAGUGUUAUAAUAUAUUCGCGAGUGAACCAUUCAACAAUUGGUAAUGAUUUAACCUGGAAAACCAACAUAAUCCAGUUAAAUGGCGAGAAUAUCACACUCAAUGAAUAUAAUCCCAAUUUUAAAAACAUCACUAUGAACGAUUGGAGAAGAGGCAAAUAUCACACAUUUGAAAAACAAAUAAGAUGGUUAACUUCAACCCAGUUCCCGAAAAGCAAACACGGUGGUGGGUUUUAUGCGGUAGACGAAAUUGACCAAAUAGUUGUCAAUCAAAUUGGACAAACAGAUAAAAGCGAUAUCCUAAUAUCGAACAAACAAUUUGAGUACAGAAACAAUUUUUUUAAAAUCCAAGAUUUUAUUUUAAACCCACUGCAAUCAAUUGAAGACCCAGAUGUUGCACAUAUUGUCAUAACAGACACAGUACAGCAAUGGCGACACCUGAGUUUUGCAUUGUAUUGGUUGUUUAACCCUUUGGUUGGUACUUACAUACCCAUUCAGCCACCGCAAAAUAAAAACAAGGAAAAUGGUUUGGCAAUUGAUGCGUUGGACAAGUUACAUUACGCUGACUUUUCCCCUGAUGGAAAAUAUAUUGUGUUUGCUUUUGAGCAUAAUUUAUUUAUUCAAGAUUUGGCUAAUGGUAAAAUACAGCAAGUUACAGAGGAUGGGUCAGCAAACAUAUUCAAUGGAAAAUCUGAUUGGAUAUAUGAAGAAGAAGUGAAUGCUAGUAGUAAAAUGAUUUGGUGGUCUCCAAGUGGGAGCCAUUUUAUUUUUGCAAAGCUUAACGACACAAAGGUUCCAGGCGUUGACAUAGAUUAUUAUACUAAACAAAAUACCGAAAUAGGGAUGCAGUUCCAGCAAGCCGACGAAUCCAAAUAUGAAGGUGUUAAUCAAUACCCCAUAAAGACACAAUUGAAAUACCCUAAACCGGGAACUGCUAACCCAAUAAUAUCAUUGCAUAUUUAUGACAUUGCCAGUAAGAAAGUAGAUGAGAUAGUUGAUGGAGAUGAUACUUUGGGACCCGAUUAUAUAUUAUAUUAUGCCAAAUGGAUUGACACCAACAACUUUUUGAUGAAACAAUCAGAUAGGACCAGCUCAAUUCUUUCGAAAAAGUUGUACAACCUAAGCAAAAAUCAAGUUAGUGUUGUUAAUUUCAGUAAUGUUACAAAGGAAUACAAUGGGUGGGUCGAAAAGAUGAACCCUGUGACUUUGCUAGAUGGUGGAAAAUACAUUGAUAUUGUUGUAAUUGAUAACAGAAACACUUUGGCAUUAUUUGAUUCUCCGGGUCUGCUGUCACCAUCAAAAGUUUUAGUUGAUAACAAGGAUUGGGAUAUAAGUGGUGAAGCUAUCUAUGAUGCUCAAGAGAAGUUUGUUUAUUUUUUAAGCACAGCUAGAAGUUCAAUGGAUGCCCAUUUGAUUGGAAUUGAUCUUUCAGAUAAUUAUAAACUUUACAACAUUACUGAUACGAAAAAAGACGGGGUUUUUGAAACAAUGUUUUCUGAGAAUGGACAGUACUUGAGUUUAGUUUACUUGGGUCCCAACCAGCCAUGGCAGAGGUUGAUCAACAUGGCAAAUGUGCAUGAUUUCAUAAAAUCUGAAGAAUAUGGUAAAUCUACCAUAGAGGAAGCAGUUAUAUUGAACCAGCCAAUUAUUACUACUUCGACAAGCUUAAAAGAAAUUAACUUGCCAACCGUCAGAUAUAAAGAGGUAACAGUUGGGAAAAAAGAAGACAGGGUAUCUUUAAAUAUUAUGGAGAUUUUACCACCUAAUUUUAAAACAAAAAACAAAAAGUAUCCUUUGUUUGUGCAUGCAUAUGGAGGACCAGGCUCGCAAACUUUUAUGAAAAAAUUUGAUAUUGGAUUUCUUCAAAUUGUUAGUGCUAGAUUGAAUUCUAUUAUUUUGGUGAUUGAUCCUCGUGGAACUGGAGGGAAAGGUUGGAAAUUCAAGUCAUUUGCGAAAAGCAAUAUUGGAUAUUGGGAACCAAGAGAUUUAAAGACAAUAACCUCUGAAUAUAUAAAGAAGAACAAUAAACUCAUCGACAAAGAAAGAGUUGCUCUUUGGGGUUGGUCGUAUGGUGGAUUUACAGCUUUAAAGACAUUGGAAUACGAUAAAGGUGAUGUUUUCAAAUACGGAAUGGCAGUUGCACCCGUGACAAAUUGGUUGUUUUACGAUUCUAUAUACACCGAGAGGUAUAUGGGUCUUCCAGCGAUGAAUCCCAAUUAUAAAUCUUCAGCAAGGAUUAAUGAUUUUGACAACUUCAAAUCUGUGAAAAGAUUUUUGAUAGUACAUGGUACGGGGGAUGACAAUGUGCAUGUACAAAAUCUGAUGUGGUUCUUAGAUCAAUUAAAUAUUCACAAUGUUGAGAAUUACGACAUGCAUUUAUUUCCUGACAGUGAUCAUAGUAUUCACUAUGAUAAUGCUGGAGUUAUUGUAUAUGAUAAAUUAUACUCUUGGCUACGAGAUGCAUUUCGAGGAAAUUUUGACGAAUCUGUAUAG